UUAUUCAUUAGUUACAGCCUCUCAGUUACAGACCUUGUGUAUGUGUGUGUUCCCUUGUGAAUGUGAGCCCAUUCAUAGAGGAUCCACAUCUGACAGUGUCUCUGUAGUGCCUGUGUGUAACACUGAAUGACAGAGAGAGAGAGAGAGAGAGAGAGAGAGAGAGAGAGAGAGAGAGAGAGUGCGGACAGACUCAUAGGGAAGAUCCCAGGGGCAACAGAUCUGGUUUGCUCGGCUGGAAACACCAAACAGUACGGGAUGGAUUUCUGCACGACGUGAACGCCUACGAGAAACACCUGCCUCGCAUUUUAAAAAAAAAGGACAUCAGCCAGGAUGUCAGGGAUGGACGUCUCGUCUGUGGACCAUAAUGAGACUGGAAUCUCUCCAUUGGGCGAUGGGACCUUCCUCCGCUUCUCCCCAACCUCUGCUUCCACUUCCGCGGCCGCCUCGUCACCAGGACGUCAGGGCAACAUUUAUGUUUACGUGUGGCUCUUCCUCGGCCUGCUGGUGUUCCUGCUGACGCUGCUCAUCAUCUCCCUCCACAGGCUGAAGAACAUCAUCUCCUCCUCUUCAUCUGUCCCUGACUGCAGCAGCGAGGGAGGGAGCUCCUUCACCAACAUGGAGAUCUGUAGCAUCUCGUCUCAUAGGUCCACCAUCUCCUCCCUGUCCACCUGAGGGAGACACAUGGGCAUACUGUAUUAUGUCCAUGUGCAACUCCUUGUGCAUGUAUUCAUACACACAAAGCAGAUGGAGGCCCAGCACCUACUCACUGUGACAUAUCAACACAAAAAACACUUUGUCAGGUGACAGCACGGCAUUACACUCAACGCGUGCAUCUUCUAAUCCCGAUGGUCCAGUGAGUCAGGUGUGUCCAUUUCAAUAAGCACAGGGUAAAUAAAGCUCACAUGGGAUGAAGAGGUCUUGAGUGAGACUGACUGAAUCUUUCUGAGCCUUAAUUCAACCACGAAGAGAAACCGCUUUCUCUCAGCAGAAAAAAAGCUUAAUGAGGAACUAUUAUCUUUCCUCUUCAUUUUUGCAAAAUACAUUUCUUGCACUGUGCUUGUCAUAUUUACAGUGGAACAAUAAUGUUGCUUUCAGGUUUGCACAGCAUGUCUCAUAAUGUCUGUAGACUACAUUGCAAAAUCAGAAUUACAUAAGUGUUACAGACCAUUACUUUGUACAGAAAUGCAUGAUUGUGUCUCAGUUCAGUCAGGCUUUGGGAUGCUGUAACUCCUUUUUCUUUUUUUUUACCCUAAUAAAAGGUGAGAUACCUUAAAAACUGUACUCAUGCCAAGUUGUUUUUAAAAGUCUCCGGGGGAAAGGACGAUGCAGAAAACAUCGUGCUGUGGAUGUAAAGGUGAGUAAGAAAUGAGUUUUGUGUCUCAGACGGGCAGUCGGCCUCGGACUUCAGCUACAGAUCAGGUUAAAAGUGCCAUAACAAGAUGAAACUCUGGGCCUGUCAGACAGGUCUUCCAGCGUAACGGAUUACCCUCUCUUGACUGUCAGCUCAUAUGGGGUCUGAUCUCAGUCUCCAUAGUGACUGAAGCGUGAGCGCUUUGUGCAGCUGUCGAGACUCGUUUGUAUUCCAAGCUGAAGCUACAGUAAUGGUCGUAUCUAAGCAGGUUUUUUGUUUUAACACUGUGAGGUGUAGUUUCUUUGACGCGGCAAUAAAAAUACACCACACACAAAUUAUUAGAAAUCAUCUUUGUCACAACUUUUCCACAACAUUCAAUAACAACUGAAGGCUCAGAGAGCUAAGAGGCCACAAACAAUUGGGUCAGGUCUGUUAAUGUUUAGCUGUUGUUGAAUCUGUAUGCACACCGGUAUAUAGGUAAUGAUCUCUAGAACCUGUUUGGUUCAAUGUAGAAAAAGAUUCAAAGUUUGAAAUUGUCUGUUUUUAAGUUAACCAGGAAGUAAAAUCAUUGUAAUAGUCGUGAUGAUAAAGAAUAACUGUACAGAUUGAACACCUGAUUGAGGUGUUUUGUCAUAUUGGAGCUCUUAUUUUCAGUUCUAGUCCUGAAAACACAGAGACAUAAAGAAGAUUAAAACAUUUUCCAACUUGGGUGACCUUUGUCUUUAUACUUAUUUGGAUACUUGCCCGUUCCUUGCAUGAGUUACUGUACUGUAUACUGUACCUUGUGAGUGCAAAUCUGACUUUUGUCCAUGGGUUCAAUGAAUGCCACCAAUGAUUUCCUUCUAUCUUACACAUUGCACUUAUUCUCUGCUUGUAGGGAAUGUUUUCCUACUUUUGUCUCUCCUUGAUUACCGAGUCUGCUGAAUGAGAUGCUUUUAAAAUCCCGCUUUGAGUUUCUCAAGGGAACUUCAGUUAAGUUUCAUGGAUUUGAUUCAAGCAAAGAGAGACAAUGCAGAACCAGAGCCGGAAGAGGUGGAAGAGGCAUGCAGCUAGUGCUGGAAAUGGAACUUCAUUAAACUAACAUUUCUAAAUCUGUAGGAAGUGGUGCAGAAUAUGACCCCCAGAAACAGACAGAAAUGAAAAA